UUUCCCGACUCUGUUCGCGGCUCCCAACGACGUCCGAUCUAUGAUCCUUCCCCAGCCCACAAGACUCUUCCUGUUGGCUCUGAUUUCAGGACUUUAUCCACAACUAGGCUAUUUUCCCUGCCAGGUGUCCUUUUGACCUCUUGACCUGACGCAAAGGUCAGCUCUAAGGUUCCAAACUCGGGUCUGGGAUGCGAGGAGGGGGAGUCUAUUCUAAAUUCCCCCAGUCUUUAGCCCUGGGGCCGUAAAUCCCACGCUUUAGGUGCGUCGCCCCAGGUCUGAACUUUCAUGUCUUGAAAUUGAACCCCAAGUUUCCAAACCUAGCGCAGGCUGAGAAGUUAACUCCUGCCAAGUCUCACUCCUUGAGCCCUGCAUCCCAGCUCUGUACCGCAAGCCUGGUUCCACAUUACAGGACCCCGUUAACCCUCAGGUUCGCUGUGGUUUGACUCAGCCUCAAUCCGUGCUCCCAAGGUUCCAGGUUUUAGCCCUGGUUUUUUCAGUCCCAAAAUCAGGAACCCAGCUCUCAACCUUCAGCAUCCCCAUCCCUGCGACCAGCACAUUUUGGAGGAUCCUUCCCUCUCCCAUUCUGAUCUUCCAGCGCAAAUCACAGACCCCAAAAUGAUUUCUCCAUGCUCUCCUCCCUUAGAGCCACCAAUUCCUUCUCCAAAAACCCCUGCAUCCCAGGCCCCUAUCAUUCCACCUCCUCCUCUGCCCCCAAAUGGCCCCGAAGUAGCUUUUGCACCCUCUCCCUCAAGUCUCCAGGCCCCUAUUCCGCCACCACCCCCAUUGCCGCCUCCACCCGCUACCACGGGCUUUGCUCCCCCUCACGUCUUCGGCCUGGAGAAGAGCCAGCUCCUGAAGGAGGCCUUGGAGAGGGCCGGCCCAGUCCCCAGGAGCAGAGAGGACGUGAAGAGGCUCCUGAGGCUGCACAAGGACCGUUUCAGAAGUGACCUGCAGUGGAUCCUCUUCUGUGCUGACCUGCCCUCCCUCAUCCAAGAAGGCCCUCAGUGCGGGCUGGUGGCCUUGUGGAUGGCAGGCACUCUCCUGGCGCCCCCCAGCGGCACCCCCCUGGAGAGGCUCGUGCAGGUGGCCAUGGAGAGAGGUUACACGGCCCAGGGGGAGAUGUUCUCAGUGGCUGACAUGGGCAGGCUGGCCCAGGAGGCACUGGGCUGCCAGGCAGAGGUGCUCUACGGCGGCCUGGGUGGUCCCAACAGAGACCGCGUCCUGCAGCACCUUGUCGCCGGGCAGCCUCUGCUUAUCCCCUACGACGAGGACUUCAACCACGAGCCGUGUCAGAGGAAGGGCUACAAGGCCCACUGGGCCGUGAGUGCAGGGGUCCUGCUGGGUGUGCAGGAUGUGCCCAGCCUCAGCUACGAGGAGGACCCCGAGCUGCCAGGCCUGUUCCACCCAGCGCCUGGCAGGCCCCACCAGCCACCGUCCCUGCCAGAGGAAGACUCCCCAGGAGCCGUCUACCUUCUCGCCAAGCAGGGCAAGAGCUGGCACUACCAGCUGUGGGACUACGACCAAGUCCGGGACAGCAACCUGCAGCUGACAGACUUCUCGCCCUCUCGGGCCGCCGAUGGCCGGGAGUAUGUGGUGCCCACCGGUGGGGUGCGGGCUGGCCUCUGUGGCCAGGCCCUGCUCCUCCAACCACAGGCCUCCAGCCACUAGCCUGCUGCAGCCCUGAGCCAGGGUGACGGAACCCAGCCACAGUUCAGUACAUCACCAUUCUCAGAGUGCCCCAGGUUCUCUGAGGACCUCCAACCAGAGAUCCUUCAUGCAGGGUCCCCCAGAAUCCAUCAGUCCCAAUCCUGGGCCCCAACUCCCCCAACCCACCCCCCAGCACCUCCUCAGGGCUAGGAUUACAGCCAGAAACCCCACAGACAAGCUCCCUCUCUACAGGGGAGAGACUGACAACCGCUCAGACCCCCGGGCUUGUCUGCCCCAUCUCAGUGUCGCAUCCACCCACUCUGUGGAUGUCUGCAAGAGCCUCCGCUCCACACCCCUUGAUGCCUCCCAGUGUCUGUCCACGUGGAGCCGGGAAGCCUUUUAAAACGCAAACCAGGGACUUCCCUGGUGGUCCAGUGGUUAGGACUCUGCACUUCCACUGCAGGAGGCAUGGGUUAGGUCCCUGGUCAGGGAACUAAGAUCCUGCAUGCCACUGGGUGCAGCCAAAAAAACAAAACAAAACAAAACAAAACCCAAGCCAGGUCUCACCACUCCCCUCCAGAGAAGUUUCCAGCACCUCUUCAAUACUCCUCGCAAGGUAGCGACUAAAGUCACCUCACCCCAGUUCACCACCCUUACCCCAUUCUGUUCUUCCUCAAGCUUUCUUCUGCCAGCCAGGCAUAGUGGCCUCUCAGGUGCCUAGAGUGUCCUGUCCCCUCCAGCCCUCUGUUAAAGAUAUUUCCUGAAUUGCUCUCCCCUGGCUUCUUAUCACUUCCUCAGGGAAGAUUCCCUUGGGCUCCGCACCUCCCCCACCCAUGUGUUCUGAUUUAAAAAUGAAAAGCAACAGACUAGUUUUUUGUGCCAACCCCUUUACCCCUGUUAACUCAUCAAAUCCUCCAGCCCUGUGAGGAAGGUCCUAGGUCCUGCCUGUUUGACAGAUGGAGAGACUGAGGCCUGGAGAAGUGCAGUCCCUGGCCUGAGGUCACACGGCUGGCAGGUGGCAGGGCAAGUAGGCAGAUAGUACCCAUACAGAUUGGGGGGUGGGGGCGGGGAAAGAGAGAGGAGUGUUUAACAAAUACCUAUUGCAUCCAUUCGGAAAGGGGAGGAACAGGUCUGUCUUGGUGACUGCCGUGUCCCUCACGCCCAACAGACGGUUUUGUUAGAAACAGUACAGCGUAGCGUUUCUCACGCACCCCAGCCCUGACACCCUGGUUGGCACCGUCUGUCUGGUGCACUGUCCUAGGAGCCCUCAAGGACAGGGCUUGGAGCUGUCUUGGUCACCCCUGUGGCCCCUGCACAGAGCCAGGCACACGAGUUGCAACUCCGUGGAGCUGAGGAAUGAACCCACCUGCCCCCAAGCCCGCCUCUACCCCAAGCCAGUCAUCGUCCCAUCACCCCACCCAACGCUAAUGCUCAAGUUACGAGCUUUGAGUCCACAAACCCCAGAUGCAAAAGAAAAGAC